UCAUCGUCGGAUACCCACGGCCGAACCAUUAUCAUUCAUCAGCCGUGGGAAUUUUUGCCGAUAUUCAGUCGAUUAGAGGUGUGUCAAAGGCAGCUAUUUCAUUGGCUGCCUCACGAUUUCAUGAGGCGACUAAAACCAAUCAAAACGCGCGUUCUGUACGACGUUCGGUGUUACAGACAAUAUGGCGACGACCAUAGACGACACGUUAAAAUCAGUUUGUGAAAAGUUCAACAUCGAAAAAUUAAACGAUUUCCAGCAAGAAAGUAAAGAUAAUUUACUUUUACAGCGUGAUGUUUUCCUUUCUGUUAGAACUGGUGGUGGCAAAAGCCUUGUUUACGAGGCUUUCCAGUAUAUUUGUGAAUGUCGAGAAAAAGAGCAUUGCCAAGUGCUGAUUGUAACGCCUCUUAUUUCCAUUAUGAAAGAACAAUGUGACUUUCUAAAUUCAUUAGGAUUUUGUGCAACAUACAUUGGCCGGGACAAGAAAGAAGAUGAUGAAAUUUUAGAAGGAAUACAUGACUUUUUGUUUACUUCACCAGAAAGUCUUCUCGGUGUUGCAAAGUGGAGGGACAUGCUGUUACAAAAUUCCAGGAUUCGCUUAAUAGUUGUAGAUGAGGCCCACAUAGUUCUCCACUGGGGAGAAGUUGAUGGUGAUCAGCAGUCUACACCUUUUAGAGAAUGGUUUGGAAAACUUGGGGAAGUGCGAUCAUUAGUACAGUGUCCAUUGUUGCUUAUCACAGCAACAGCAAGUAAAGCCUCACGUUUGAAGAUGCAAAAGAUUUUCUGCAUGAAAAAUUGUUUUGAAAAAAUUGAAAGCCCAGACAGAACCAAUAUUAAAUUAUUUUUGCACAAAUUCAAAUCUAGCCAAGAUCUUACAAAGAUAUUUGCAUUUAUGAUCAAUGAAUUACUAGAAAAAAAAGAAAAAUGUGACAGAUACCUUGUAUUUUGUACUUCUAUUAAAUCAUGUAGUGAUAUUUAUACCAUGUUACAUUUAGAAUUGGAAAGUGACAUUCAGUUUGUACAGAUGUAUCACUCAAUGACAGUUGAAAAUGUUAAGGAAGACAUUAAGCAAGAUCUGGGUAAUAAAGAUGGCAAAAUUAGAGUUUUAGUUGCAACUAGUGCUGCUGGGAUGGGUGUGAACUUCAAGGACAUUGGCCAGGUGAUAAUCUUUGGAGUGCCCAAAAAUAUGGACAGUUUUGUGCAACAGUUUGGAAGAGGUGGUAGAGACCGUAGUCAUGCAAUGGCAAUUUUAUUGUUCAAUGGACAGCAGUGUAGAGGUAUAGACAAUGACAUGAGUGAAUAUAUUAUCAACAAAGAAACCUGUCGUCGCAAAGUGAUUUUAAAAGCAUAUAACACUACAGUUAAUGACAGUAUAUUAGCACAUUUAUGUUGUGAUAUUUGUGAUAAGAAGUGUACAUGUGAUCGAGAAGAUUGUUCAUCUUAUACUCAUCCUUUUUUUGAGAUGUGUGACUUACCAGAGUCAGAAUCGUCUAAUUCUGACUCCGAUUGUGAAAGUGAUGACAUUAUGUCUAACUAGUGAAUAAUCAAAUGUACACUGGUCUUUUUUAAUUUGUAUAAAACUAAAUGUACCUGUUUGUUUACCGGUAAAUAAAUUAUAAAUUUGA